AAUUGAUUGCAAUGAUAGGUGGAGAAAAACUUCAGCUCACUGAUUCACUAGGGCAGAUGAUGUUUGAUCAUCGAUGUUUGCUGUCUCGGUUGGUAGACCUCAAUUGUCGUAAAGAAGAACUCGUACAUUCUGUGAUUCAUCAAAGGAGGAAGAUGGAUCUACUGCAACUACUUCCACAUAAGCUUCGUUUCGCAGACAACACUUACCAAAAGAAACCGAUCAAGUCAUGCUUGUCUGCACAAGAGAUGAGUAAACAUAACUUGCAUUUCCGGAUGGAACAUGGAAGCAAGAGUUUGGUUAAGGAAAAGAGGCUUCUGAAAGAGAUGAAAGUGAGCCAGAAUGAAGCGGAGGAUGGUUUUGCUUCAUUUUGGACUCAAUGGGAAGACGAUUUGACAAAUGCGUCUGAAAAUAUUAUCAGAUACAGAAGGUAUGGGAAUGGGAUAGUCCGCAUUGAUUUGCAUUCUUUGAAACAGACUUGGUGGUUGCAACACCAGAUGCCAUUCCUAAUCAGCAAAGGAGAUAUCAAAGACCGCGAAGGAGAAAUCAGAGAACUCGAGUGGAGAAUAGAAACAUGUGGAGUAGGAUUGCCACUAUUGCAAAAGAAAGCAGAUAAAACACUACUUGCUUUCAAUAGAAGUGCAGAUGCUAAUCCUACUCCUGUGAAGGGAAAGACUUGGACUUGUUUGGUAACAAAAAAUAAAUUACAGGACCAAAUAAAGCUUGCCAGUAAGAAUAUAGAGGAAUCAAGGAAAACCCAGCUGGCUCUUGGUCUUGGGCUAAAACUCAGUGACGUUCAGAGAGAACUGGUGACUAUUGAAAGGGAUAUGGAAUCACUGAAGAAGAAAAUGACAUUGAUAGAUCAGAAGAAAGAUGAAGCACACCAAUACAUUCUCAAACUCAGAAAACAACAGGCAUGACUAGGUUGAGAGAUUCGUGUCUUGUUAGUUGGUCAAUCCUUGUCAGAUCUAAUAACCUCAAGAGCUGCAACUGUACCAAAUAUCAAGCCACAAA